AUGCUAGACAUCAGCUUGUAUGAGGAGAAUGAUGGAUCGUCAGGCGUGUCUGUACUUAACCACAUUACAAAAACCCUUAAUACCUACCAGAUCCCUCUCACGAAUAUGGUUGGCUUUGCUGCUGAUGGGCCAUCAAAUAUCAUGGGUGCUGUAAAUUCUGUGAGCAGCAGACUAAAAGCGCACAUGCCUGGCAUCACCAUUUUUAACGCAAAGAGGAAAUAUGAAUUUAAAGAAUAUCAGGUAUUUUGUGGGGUCAAGCCUCACAAAAUAUUGCAUCCAUGUGCAACAAGGUGGCUUUCCAUAGCACAAGCUGUAGAACGAUUACUAGAACAGUGGCAGCCACUAAAGCUCUAUUUUAAUGGUAUAAGGCUUGAUGAAAAAUUGUCAUCAAUUGACAGAAUUUGUGAGGCCAUGGAUAAUCAAGCCAUUUAUUGCUACCUAAAAAUUUUAAAUUACAUGUUGCCACAUCUGAACAGAGUAAAUUUGGUGUUUCAGGCCAAAGGACCUACACUACACGGCCCAUGA